CAGUCUGCUGCUGCUGCUGCACAGUGGGGGGGGGGACUCUCUCUCUCCUGCACCGCGGGGGUCUCCUUCUCUGCACCGGGCCCGGACUCCACCAUCACACCCUCCCUCUCUGCAGCCUCCAUCGGUCGCCCAGUUGCCGUCGGUGCGGCGGUGGAGAGAGGAAACGAGGAAGAGGAGGACACAAGAGGAGGCUUUUGGAGGAAGAUUGCCGUGCCACCGUUCGGUCCUGGAGGGGAGGAGCCAGUUGUUGAUCUCUACGCUGCAGAGACAAGGCGCCGCCGCGCACAGCAGAGAGUGAGGGACUGCGACCAGUGAAGAAGACGCCCGACAUGAUGAAGGAGAGUCGGCCAGUUCAGGCCUCGUAGCUCAGACGAGGGAACUGCAGGGGAGGUGGAGGACAGAAAGGACACCGAGGAGACAAAGUGAACCACAUGACCAGAACUCGGACGGGCUCCAAAUCAGCGAUGUUCCCCUCGGGCGGGGAUUACCUCCUCCCCGUCGUCUCCCUCACCAUCCCUCCCGCUCUUCCUCCCUCGCACAGCAGAGCACACGCCCAGUUCCAAGAGUCGUGAGAGCUCCCUGUGCUCACCCUCCCACACACACACACACACACUUGUGCUUACUCUUUCUCCCUCUCUCUCUCACACACACACAUUGCACACACACACACGCACACACACGCACACACACACGGUUGUAUCCCGCUCAUGGUCGUUUGCCUGCCCUCCUCGGCUGCUUCUCCCGCUCCAGUCCCAGACCAUGAAGAGGCCCAAGCAGCAGACGGGGCCACUGAGCUUCCUGAACUUCUUCAGCAGAAAGCCCAAAUCGGAGCCGAGGCCCGAGAGGCCCGUGGAAGCGUGGCCCAAAGAGGAGGUGGCCAUCACCCUGACGCCCAGCGAGCACCCAGAGCAGGACCUCAGUGUCGCAGCAGACGAGGCUGGAGAAUCAAGAGUUUCUGGUGCCGAAAGAGGAGAAGAAGGAGGUGCAUCAGCAGCAGCUGAGGCGGGUGAGGAGGCCGCCGCCACGGCCGAAUGUGCGUGCGGGGACAGCAGGGGCUCCACCGGCGUCCUGUCCCUCUCCUCCUCCAGCCAGGAGCAGCUAUUGGAUGAACAUCUGGAGGAGUGCCCGCUGUGCCUGCUCAGUCAACCGCGUUGCCACUUCCCGCGACUCAGCUCCUGCUCCCACCGGGCGUGCUCCGACUGCCUCCGCCAGUACCUGCGCAUCGAGAUAUCGGAGAGCCGGGUGGGCAUCGCGUGCCCGCAGUGCCCCGAGACGCUGGCGCCGCUGGACGUGCGCUCCAUCCUGGAUGACCAGGCGUUGCUGGAGCGGUUUGAGGAGUACCAGCUGAGGCGUUUUCUAGCUGCUGAUCCAGACACACGCUGGUGCCCUGCACCUGACUGCAGCUAUGCAGUGAUAGCUUACGGCUGCGCGGAGUGUCCCAAGCUGAGCUGCGGCCGCGAGGGAUGUGACACGGAGUUCUGCUACCACUGUCGCCAGCUGUGGCAUCCCAACCAGACGUGCGACCAGGCCCGGCGGCAGCGAGCCCGCCACACCUCAGGUGGCAACGAUGCCUCCACACUGUACGUCUUCAAUGAAGAACCUGGAGGAGAUGCGGAGGAGAUCAAACCGUGCCCUCGCUGUGGUGCCUACAUCAUGAAGACCAAUGAUGGCAGCUGUAACCGUAUGAACUGCACUGUGUGUGCCUGUCAGUUCUGCUGGCUGUGUAUGCAGGAGAUCACCGACGUGCACUACCUCAGUCCCUCAGGAUGUACAUUUUGGGGGAAGAAGCCAUGGUCACAAACCCGCAAGGUUCUGUGGCAGGUGGGCAUGUUGCUCGGAGCACCGGUGGUCAUCUCCCUUAUAGCGGGCAUCGCCAUCCCAGUCAUCAUUGUGGGCAUACCGAUCUACAUGGGCCGAAAGGUCCAUGGUCGCUGUAAGAAAAACAAUAUCUCAGGAAGCAAGCACUACUUGACUGUGGCAAGUGGGGUGAUGAUGUCAGUCUUUGUGUCGCCAGUUAUAGCAGCUGUCACUGUGGGUGUGGGUGUGCCGCUAAUGCUGACUUAUGUGUACGGGGUCGUCCCCAUGUCGCUCUGUAGGAACGGCUGGUGUCGACCGCAGAGUGAAGCUCCUGAAACACAUAAGAUCCAACUGGAGGACUUAGCCAGCUAUCUUCUAUUCUCUCAUGUAGUCAGCGACCACUGGACGGGUCAGAACAACCCGGCGCUCGGCGACACCAGCGUCGAGGAAGUUAGAGUCAGUAUACAGGAAGUGGGCGUCCUCCCGAGUACGAGCACCACGCCCCCAGAGCUAGAUAGCUAUGUGAGAUUGGAUGAAGCCACAAAACGCCAUGAAUAUACCCAGCAGGACAGCCCGUCGGACUGCGAGGUGGUCAUUGUGCCUGAUAGUGAAGUCGAGGACACACAAGCACUUCCUCUGAGGGAAGGAACCAAUAUUGAGGUUCGGGUAGAAAUCGAGACCCAUCCCAGAGGCGCCCGCCAGUCCAGCCUAAGUAGCAUCCUGUCCAGCCGAAGCUUGUCAGUGGAGUCCCUGGGACACUCGCAGUCGCAGUCCCAGGACUUCUUGUGUGCCUCAGAACUGGAAGAAAGGCGAGAGGGGAGACGAGGGAGAGGAGAAGAGCAGGAGGGACGGGAGAAACCAGGAGGGGGAGCAGCCGCAGGAGGGACACCAGUCUUUGAAAUAGAUGGUGUGUGAGGUCCUCCAGUGCAGGCUUUGUACUUGGUUGAAGAUUUUAUUCAGGUUUAAAUGGACACAAACGAAACCAUGUGCUGACGCGUCGCUGGACUGACCUGAAAAUCGCUGGCCAAGGCCCCCUCCUGCUUCCAAGACGGGCCCCGUCCACCAGAUGCCUUCUAGCGCCGUCCUCUUAAAGGAAGACGUGGGUUUUAGAGAGAGCAAAUGAGAAAGAUGAGACUGUGUGUGUGUGUGUGUGUGUGUGUGUGUGUGUGUGUGUGUGUGUGUGUGUGUGUGUGUGUGUGUGUGUGUGUGUGUGUGUGUGUGUGUGUGUGUGUGUGUGUGUGUGUUUGUGUGUGUGUGUGUGUGUGAGAGAGACAAAUAGCAUGAGAUUACGACAUUAAAACUGGAGGAGGGGGGACAAACUGUAUUGCAGACAGGAUAGCACCCAUCAGGGAAUGUAAAACAGAAGUGACUGAGAGCAUGAUAGCCAAUUAGAUCAGUCUGUUUUUUUAUUUUCUCUCUGUUUCUUUCUGAGUAGAGACCACCUUACUCCCCCGUCUAUUAUAAAUCAAUUUCAUGAAGCCCUCUCUUUGUCUGGCUGUACUCUUACACUUCUGUCGGUGACCUCACCUCCUUCCUCCCCCUUUUUGUCCUUUACAAAAUACAGAAACCCUCACAAGCAUGAUUUGUUUUAUGGGGGAGAUAAACAACCGAUCUCUUCCUCAGCCAUGCUGCAAGACACUGAGAUGAUUUUUACUACCUUAAGGAAUAUCUCCAGAAUUAUAGGACGCAGUGUUCACAGCUGAAUUGGGCGACGCAUGCUGCGCUGUUUGAUUCCUCGCGUGUGAAAGGAGUCGGGCUGAAAAUGACAUUCGGAAACCGUUCAAGCCUGGAUUCAAAGAGGCCCUGUGACAUUGUGGCAGAUUUAUAAUCAUAACUACAAAUAUUUAUCACAGAUCUUUUACAGAAGCAGAUGAGAGGCAAUAUCACUUCAGUGCAUUGUUAUAGCUCAGCUUUUAGCCUUUAAGAGGCUUUUUCCUUCCAAACUGAAGAGGGAGAAAUUGCGUUAGUUUUAAAAAUGCUCAUUCUAAUGCAGAUACGCGCAUUAGUAACAACGUGGCAGCAACACAGCACUCUGAAGACUCUCAACUUUUAAAAAUAGCCGCAUGAAUGCUCGCUGCGUAUCCAGGACAACAACACAUACACACACACACACACACACACACACACACACACACACUGACACACACAGCAGUUAGUGUAGCUGCAGUAGUGUGCACUGCUGAGGACAUUAAAUACAAACUGAAGACCCUCUCAAAUAUUCACGGAGCACCAAAAGUUUCAACAGCAGCAUGCCACCUCAGGCCGAACUGUAAUAACCCCUUCUAGAGGACUUGUGAGAAAUACGUGACUAUACGUGCACUGCUUAGCUUCCUGAGUGUGAAAUACAUGUGAGAGAGGAGCUCAGAUGUGACAUGUUAACCUGUGCUGGGUUGUGGAGAGAAUAAGAAAUAAAGAUUUCACCAUGAAGGACAAAAAAAAA